UUGAGACAGUACAGCUGAAGCAAACAUGGCGCUUUUGGAGAGAGCCCUGCGUCUCCCACUGACUGCUAAUCGCAGUCUUUUCAAAUUAUCUACGGUUUGCAUUAAAAGGCACGUGUCAGAAAGAGCUUCCUCCAAGAUCCAGGACACCAGCAGUCCCGAAACAUCUGAUCACAUACUUUAUACUCCGGAACAUCUGGCGCUCAAGGAUACUCUGAAGAAGAUCAUAGACACAGAGAUCAACCCCCAUGUGGACAAGUGGGAAGAGGAGGGUAUGUUUCCAGCCCACAAGGUCUUCAAGAUCCUCGGCAACGCCGGCUUCCUGGGGGUGAACAAGCCUGUCGAGUAUGGGGGUCUGGGUCUGGACUUCAGCUACAGUGUGGCGGUGGCAGAGGAGCUGGGCAGCAUCAACUGCGGAGGCAUCCCCAUGGCCAUCGGAGUACAGACAGACAUGGCCACCCCUGCCCUCGCCAGGUUUGGUUCUGCGGAGCUGAAGAGGGAGUUCCUGCUGCCGUCCAUCAUGGGGGACAAGGUGGCCUGCCUGGGGGUGAGCGAGGUGGGGGCCGGCUCCGACGUCUCCAGCAUCAAGACCAAAGCGGUGCGUAAGGGGGACGAGCUGGUCAUUAACGGGGGCAAGAUGUGGACCACCAAUGGCACGCAGGCCGACUGGAUGUGUCUCCUGGCCAACACCAGCGACGGCCCUCCGCACAAGAGCAAGUCUCUCAUCUGCCUGCCCAUGAACACACCAGGUGUCCACAUCGCUCGCAAGAUCAACAAGAUGGGCAUGCUCUCGUCGGACACGGCGGAGGUGUUCUUCGACGACGUGCGGGUGCCAUACAAGAACCUGAUCGGCAAGGAGGGAAUGGGCUUCACCUACCAGAUGCUGCAGUUCCAGGAGGAACGCCUCUUCGCCGCCGCCAGCAUUCUGACGAUGAUGGACAAGGUGAUCCAGGACACGGUGGGCUACACGCGACAGAGGAAGAUCUUCACCAUGCCAGUGCUCUACCACCAGGCCGUCCACUUCAGACUGGCCGAGCUGCACACAGAGGUGGAGCUGCUGCGAUCCCUGCUGUACCGCGCCACAGGCAUGUACAUCAAGGGCCAUGACGUGACCAAGCUGGCGUCCAUGGCUAAGCUGAAGGCGGGCCGGUUGGCCCGGGAGGUGGGGGACAGCUGCCUGCAGUACUGGGGAGGCAUGGGAUUCACCAGCGACGUGCUCGUCAGCAGGUUCUACCGGGAUUCCAGAUUACUGUCGAUUGGUGGAGGAGCAGACGAAGUCAUGCUGGCCAUCAUAUGCAAGUACAUGGACACCCUGCCCAGGAAAUGAUAGCACACUACGGCAUUGGCUGCUUUUUAAAAUGAUCAACUCAAGUGCACUUAUGUGACUAUGCUUUUAACUGGUGGUACAUUUGGUGCCUUAAAAUGUUUUUAAUAUCUCUGUAUAUACAUUAAUUAGGAUGAUUCUCAAUUUUCAUGUAGAAAUAGUGAGAAUUUGUACAGCUCUCCUGUGAAUUUGUAGCCUGACACGAUCAUUCAUUGUUUGUAAAAAACAAAACAAAAAAAAACUUAAGUAAUUAAACCAUAACACACCAUGUAAUACACAGAAAA